UUUAUGGAAGGUUCUUCAUCCAGUGCUGAUGGUGAUCGGCUUUAUCAUCAUAAGUGGAGAAGCAAUUUUGGUACACAGAUGGCUGCCUGGCUCAAGGAACUUGAAGAAAUCUGUGCACUUGUGUCUUCAAGGGGUGGCUUUGGCUUCUGGGGUUUUUGGGAUUUGGACAAAGUUUCAGGGAAAAGAUGGGAUUGUUGCCAAUUUCUAUACCCUGCAUUCCUGGAUGGGUUUGAUAUGUGUCUGCCUGUUUGGAGCUCAGUGGAUAAUGGGUUUUUGGAGCUUCUGGCAUCGGGGAGAGCUGCGCACAACUCGAGCAAGGGUCUUGCCAUGGCACAUCUUCCUCGGCCUCUAUACGUAUGGCCUGGCAGUGGCCACGGCAGAAACUGGACUUCUGGAGAAGCUAACAUUCUUGCAGACUAGGAGGAAUGUAUCUAAGCACUGUCUGGAGUCCUUGGUUGUGAAUAGUUUAGGCCUAGGACUUGCCCUCCUUAGCGGCAUUGUGAUUUUGACCGCUGUUUCUCCUAAACGUUAUGCUCUUCAAAACAAACUUGUGUAUGAAUCUAAUACUAAGUGCUUGUCAUCUUGAGAGAAACAGAAAAAGAAAUUAUAUAGUGAAAG